UCACAAUGCCAUCUCAGGGGAUGAAAAGUAGUGACUGAUGGGAGUAAACCUCUUGCCUCUCCUUGCACAUGGCCUCCCAGUGCAUUUAAUGAAUGUUGAAACAGGUACACUGCACAUUUCCAGCACAUCGCACAAAGUAGGUCCCAUAUUUACAAUAACCUCAGAAUCCUAGUUUUAAUGUAUUUUUAACGUUGCAUAAAAAGGGAAUUAGCCAGUUGUCCCAUACAUGGCAGAAGCUGUAUGAAACCCUGGCUGCAUUCCACAUCAGCGUAAACCAUAGUUAAUGGUUUAUUGUCAAGGUGGAGAUAGUUUCCAUUUUGUUGCUCCCUUAGUACAAGCAGGGGAGACCAUGACCCCUUGCUUAGCAUUAUGUCCAAACCAGGGAUUGUGGUUUGUGUCGCUCAAACAAGCCAUGGACAAGAAAAGCGCACAUCUUAGGAUUCACAUAGCAGGUUUUUUUAUUGGGGGGGGGGGGGAGUGAAAUAAACAAUGAUCCCUGAUCCGGACACCAUGCUAAGCCAGAAAUUGUGGUUUGCUGUUCCAGUUUGUAUUACGGGAGGAGCAAAGUGGGAACAGUGCUUGCAUCCGUGGUAACUCUUCCACGACCUUUUGAUAUAGCCAUUAACUAAGUGCAAGGGAUAAGGGAUUUGGGGAGAAUUUGGAAUAUUGAAGCUUCCCCUAGAAAUAGAAGCAGCAUCCAACAGCGUAAAAGAGUAAGCUACAGUUUUGGGUCAGGGGAAAGAGCUGGAGAAGGGAAAAAACAAGGAUUUUAACAAAAGGCUGACAAAGACACAAGGGAUAGAUAGGAUUCUUCCACAGCCACAAAUUACUUGUAUUAAAUUUGGAGAAAAGAGCCAUAUUUUGAGAAGGAACAGUGAAUAAGGGGGGGAGGAGGGGAGAGGAGUUUAAUUUUAUUAUUCUCCAGUUGCUUGAAGUGUCAAAGAGCACAUAACAGAAGCAGUGACCCUUCCACCCUAAGGCCAAAAUCAGGUGACUUACAAAAUGCUAAAUAUUGGGGCUAUCACUUUGGAAAAUGUUAUGAGAGAAGCUGUUAGCUAAAAGGAUUCAGCAGCAGUAAAUAUAUUUGUGAAAUUAUUUCAGUUAUGACUUGGAUUAUCUCAAAAGGGAUACACCCUUUUGAGACAUGGGCAUGAUUUUUCUACAUGAACUGCAUAGACAAUUUGUUUGAAAACCCAAAUCCUUAAAAAGAAAGGGUGCUUACAUGGUGUUCCCCCUAAAUGUUCCAUCUUAUUCUGGGAUUAGCAGAAUUAGAGCCAAUUGCUUUAAACCAGUGAGUGAAACUGCUGUUUCAAAAAGGAGGCAAUAUUUUACAGUAGGUGGGGUUAUUUAAAUGCAUAUUUUAAGUUUAAUAUAAUUACUAUUAUUUUUUUGUUUGAGACAUGCUAAGAUUAUGGUUAUAAAAGUUUAAUAGCGUGGGCCUUACCCUCUCCUCUGAUCCUACCGGUUGUGAUAGGAAUGCCUCCAGAACUGUACUGUACAUGUCGCCUAGAAUGAGCGGUAAUUAUAUAUAUUGCGAGGUUAAUCAGCAGUCACUACACAGUUGUGGAAAUCACAAUAGAGAUAUGUCAAGCAUGAAUACCUUCUGGCAGCCUGAAAAAGCUUUCUUGGUUGGGCUGGCUUUCAACAGCCAUAGUAAAGCUAAUGUAGAUUUAUUUUAAAUAGGUUUUAAUGUGGUAUCCUGUUAAUCACUUAUUUUUUCAGUAGUUGCUACCAAGCUUUUGUAAAAGAGCUGGGUAGAAUCUAAAACCAAUAUACAAUUGUCUAAAAGGCAAUACACCUCAGAUUAUCAGCAGCAGAAGACGUAUUUUCCAUUAGGAGGCUGUAGAUGGUGGAAGACAGUAGUAAUUUUACAUUCCUGCUGUUUUUGUUGAAAUAAGAUGCUAUCCACUCCUCCACAAAAGCCUCAGCAUCAAAAUGUAAGACACAAGUACAAUAUAAAUACUUAAUGCCACAAUUGCUAUUAAAUACUUUAAAAGCCAAGCCUAGUAGAUCUACCUUACUGGGCAUCACUUUUCAUUCGAGUAAGUCAAGCAAACAAAGGAGCAAGAAUAUUGUGAGCAAGUACUUACUUUUUUAGUUCCUAGGAUAGCAUUAAGAAAGAAAGACAGAAAACAGAAAGGUUAAGAUGGCUUUGUUUCCAGAAUCGUACUAGCCAAAGAGUAAAGCCACCAAGAGAUUCAAACCCACCAUCACAGCACAAUCCUACAAGAUAAGUAGUAGCUGUUUAUGGCACUGUGCAGAAGUGGAAAUAUCUGAAACACAACGCAGCAAAAAAGGGUUUGACUCUUAAAAAACCAGCUCCACUCCCAAAGGGUAGCUCUCUCCCCUGUAUGUAACAUGAAAGCUUCGCCCUCUAUGGCAGGAGGCUACCAUAAUAGAGAAUCCCUCAGAAGGCCUCAUAAUGAAAAGAAAAAUGUAUUAUGACUAUUAUUAUUUAACUCUAUUACCUGCCCUUCACCAGCAAGGUCCCAGCGGAAGUUACAGAUGCUGAAAAAUCAGUAUUAAAACAGUUUAAACUAAUUACUAUUGCAGGAAUAGUGUGGAUCCUGAAAGCACACUUCUCAGGUGUCAAAGACUGUUAGAUGUAUAAGGAAGGUGCUACACACACACAUAUCUGUAGGGAAGGAUUUCCACAACUUAGGGGCUACUGCAGAGAAUGCCCUGGUCCGGACCAACCUCUCUGCUCCGAUCUUCCGAGGGUGGUGGAACUGCAAAAUCCUCAAGUAAAGAUUUGCACCUUAGCUUAAAAAAUAAUGACCAAACUGCGGGAGGCAGUAGAAGACAAGAGUGCCUGGCGUGCUCUGGUCCAUGGGGUCACGAAGAGUCGGACACGACUAAACGACUAAACAACAACAACAACCUUGGUUCUGAUGGGGAGGAAAAACAUUUGAGAAAAUAUGUCACCAGGUCUUAAGGCACUUGUGUUUUUCCCAAUCCUAGUUAAAGGUAUUCUGUCACAGUGUCAGGUUAGAGAUGCCUGUCCGUUUUCUGAACCAGAACCCUCAACACAACAGUAAGGGUAGGAACCUUAAAAAAAAGCCCUGUUGGAUUAGGCCAAAGGCCCAUCUAGUCCAGUAUUCUGUUUAAAGGGUCACCUAAAAUAAAAACUCAAAAGUGGGGGGGGGGGGGGGGAGAGAAGAACAAGGACAGAGGAAAUGCUGCUAUAAAAAGAAAAGGGAAAUCCAACAGCAAACAUUUAAUGCAGGGCAGAAAAAAAAUAUGUAUGAUCCACAAGCAGUUAAGAUAGCAUACAGUAGUUAACAACAUUGAAUUAAAAAUGGAACAGUGGUUAGAAUGCAGGAAAUGCAAAGAUAGAACUGUCACAGGCAGAUAUACUCAGGAAUGCUGCAGUGCUUUAUAGCUACAGCAGAUGUUGUAGCCAGUCAUGGUUCUAAGACGGGGCAGUAACAAACCAGAAACCAGAAACAAUCCCUCACAUUUAUUAUUAAGAAGUAAAUGCAGACACAUUUCUUUAGCUGUAUGAAGAAGCUGGGCUAGAGAAGGUUGGUGAAAGAAUUCAAUCCUUGGGUGGCAGAGAUAUGCAGAGAGCACUGUGUGAAAUAAAGUUUCCUCUUGAGAACGCCUCGGACUCCAUCACAAACAGUUCACUUGCGAGUAGAAAGGAUCACAUAUGUGGCAAGAGACCACCUAGUGAGAAAAUGCAGUUUUUUGUAUAUGCAUCCACAAACUUCUUGAAGUACAGCUUUAUAUAUUUCCUGGAGGAAGGUUGCAUUGGCUCACAGCUGCUUGGAAACAACCUCAGGAAUUAUUCAAGUUCAUGGAAGACAGGACUACCAUGGCAAAAACAGAAGACUAUGCCUGAAACUACCAAUUUCACCUCCAACUACCAAACGAUGACACAAAAGGAAGUGAUCAUGCCUCGCUUGGAAGCAUUUCAAAAGCAUCCAUAAGGCCACUGUCUGAGGCAAAAAUGCCAGAAUAAGCAGCCUUUGGGUAUGAUUCAGCAAAGCAGUUCUUCCGAACCCAUAAGAUAGGUCAGCAUAAGAGAGGCAGUCAGGUGGUCAGUCAGAAUAGCAUAGCAGCCUGAUUUAGAAUGGCAAAAACCAGCUUUAAAUGCUAGCAGCCAAAAUGGCCAAUUGCACACCCCGGCAACUUGGCGUUUACCUAGCACUUUGAAGAACUGAAAGGACUUCACAAACAUUACAUUAAUAUCCUGCCCUUCCUCCAAGAAGCUCAAAGCAGCGUUCAUGGCUCUCCUUCCUCUUAUUUCAUCCAGACAGCAGUCCCAUGAGGUAGGCAAGGAUGAGAGAUGGUGACUCACGCAACAAGAUCGGCCAAUGAGAUCCACAGCUGUGUGAGAAUUUGAACCCAAGUCUCCCUAGACACUAUAACCAAUGUGCUACAGCAAUGCUAUAGAAGAGACCAGUUAUCAUCCCAACUUAAGGCCAAGAGACAAUCAUUUGCCUAAGGCAGCCUACAAUGUUGAAUCAUAGUCAAGAUUUGGAUCAGCAACCUCUCAGAUUUAUUCUCUGGGCCAAUUACAACCCAACUCACGACCACAUCAAUGGGAAAGGUAAGACUGGGAUGAGUGGAAGAGCACCCCAAGUUCCUCAGAGAGAAAAAGUGGAGUAAAAAAAAUUCAUAAAUAACCCAGCACCCCUCUUCUUAAAGUUGAAUUUUUCACUUUGCCACAUAUUACUAUAGUUUUUUUAUAGCAACAUCUAUGCGUAUGGUGCCUUACAAACAAGUUAGACAGGUCCCUGCCCUAAAAGGGCUUACAAUCUAAAACAGACAGAGGGGAAACACAGGAAGGGGGGUGCAAAUGGCAGCAUUUUUGUGUACCCCACUUAGAGGUGUUUAAAUAUUGUUCUACAAACACAGCCAGAUUAAUAAAUACGCCACUAUUUCAGUUCCAUUUGAGUUCAAUUACUUUUAUGCAACCACCUUUCGCUUUUUUUACUUUAGCUUUUUGAAUGCUAUCCGUGCUGUCUUAAUUUGUGUAAGCUGCCUUGACACCUUGUCUGGGGGGGGAGGAGGAGAAAAAGGGUGGGAUAUAAAGCAAGAAAGGAAUAACAACAAUAAUUUUCUAGCCAGGAAAGAAAGGAAGAGGAAGGCAAAGGAAGUGGACCAGAUGAUCCCUAGGGAUCUCCUCCCGAUUCUACAAUUCUACCUAUAAAAGGGGCUCUUUCCUAACCCGCCUCCUGCUUCCAUACAUGUGGGGGGUGGGAGUAAGAAAAAAAAAUCACAAUAAAACCAGGAACGCCACCCGACCCCACCCCCAUCCAUCUUCCCUCUCUCCACCCCCUUUCUUUUUUCCUUUUUUUCUUCUCCCCCUAAUGCCUCAACAAAUGAAACGGAUUUGUAAAAAUGUUACAUGGGGGGGAAAAAAUACGAGGCAUUUCACUUACUUCUGUAAAACAAGAAAACCCUUAAUAAAAUAUUUUUUUUAAAAAAACCCAGGAAAAUAACACAAAAACCCUGAAGCAAAGGGGGUCAGACUAGAUGGCCCUUUGGGUUCCCAUUCCAUCUGCAAGGGGCGCCCUUCUCCUUCCCCCCCCCCGUUUUGGCGGUCCAAAGUCAGGCCCCCGCGGUGCAUGAUGGGACGUGGGGGGGGACGGUUUCUGCUCAAGCCCAUUUUUGAAGUAUCAGGGCCCCCCCUCUUUUUUGCCGGUAAAGCGUCGCCUAGCAACCCCUUCUCACCUCCCCCCCCCCCGUGAGAAGAAAUGGUCUCUACUCACGCAAUAACCGUUAGGUGAGAGGAGGGAAACGGUAUUUUUUUGGGGGGGGGGGAACCCGAGAGGAAGAACCAGCAGCUGCUCCGCUCCGCGCGGUCUCCGCCUGAGGAAAGAGAGAAGGCACGCGCCGCGCGGGGGGUUCUGGGAACGCGGCUGCUCGGAACGCGCCAUCCCCGCUUGGAAAUAGGGGGGGAGGGAAUGGGUGCAAGCAGAGAAAAAGGUGGAAGUUGGGGAGACGCGGAGCAAAUGGAGUCGUGAAUGGUUUUUUUUGGGAGGGGGGUUAAUAAUCUUACUAACGGUCAACAAUGUGCAGGUGAAGUUAAUCCGUUUUCUUUUCUUUUUCUUCCACCCCCUACUAGAGGGGUCGUCAAUGGAAUAGCUCGGUCCGGUGAAAGUGGGUGGGGGGGAGUGAAAAGGCAAAACAGGAUGACGGCAGCGUGAGGCUAAACUUUUAGCUUCUUUUUCAGAAAGAUUAUUUUUGUUACGUUUUUUUAAGGCAACAUAUCCGGUGAAACAGACUUGCGGAUUUCAGAAGGCAGAAAUCCCAGUUUCUUUCACUGGACUAUCUCCCCCCCCGGAUUCGACGGGUUGGAACGAUCCAAAAGAGAGCAUGAGAGAGUCCAACAGACCGCCAAACAUGGGGGAGAGCAGCAGAGGAGAGGAAGAUUCCAUGGAGAGAAAAGGGUGGGGGGACGGAAAGGGAGCUGUCCCGCGGCGCAUGCGCCUUCUCGGCCGGCCUGCCCUAUCGGAAGGCGAGAGAGGCAGAGAAGACAAAGGCGGCCGCUCCGCCCCUCCCGCCCCUCCCUCGCUUUUCAGCUCUCCCCGGAUAUAACGCGCCCCGCUUUUCCCGCGCUCCCCCCCCCCACAAUAAGCCUCCCUCUCGCUUGUUUGGCGCACUUCCUCAGGGGGGCUUUGAAAGGAGCCCGUCAUGGCAGGGGGGCAAGGUGCCCUCCUCCCUGCAGUGGAAGGGAUCGGGGCCCCAGGCAGCCCUGGGGGGGACCAGGCCUCCCCCAUGAAACAGCCACCAGCGUCAGGUGAGCCUGCAGGCUCCUCGCACCGGCCCUGUGGCAAGCCUGACGACGACCUUGCGAGGCGGGCCCCCCGUGCCGCCCCAUCUUCCCCGCUGCCAGCGUCCAAGAUGGCUUUCCGCCGGGCCUACUCCAUCAAGGACAAGCUGCAGGCCAUCGAGCGCGUGAAGAGGGGCGAGCGGCAGGCUUCGGUGUGCCGGGAUUUCGGGGUGCCCGGCGGCACCCUCCGCGGCUGGCUGAAGGACGAGAGCAAACUGCGCUGGUUCCUGGACCAGUUAGGGGGCGAGGUGGGCACGCACCGCAAGAAGAUGCGCCUGGCCAACGAGGAGGAGAUCGACCGCGCCGUCUACACGUGGUUCCUCGCCUUGCGCCAGCACGGCGUGCCGCUCUCCGGACCGGCCAUCCAAGCCCAGGCCGAAGCCUUUGCCCGGCAGAUCUACGGGCCCGACUGCACCUUCAAGGCCAGCCACGGGUGGUUCUGGCGGUGGCAGAAGCGGCACGGCAUUUCCAGCCAACGCGAGGGGGGCGGCUUAGGUGCGGCGGGCGACACACCUGCCCUCCAAGCCGAAGCGGACGCCGCUUCCCCCUGCUCGGCCUUCUCCAACCAUACCCGGCCUCCCACGGCUGCUGCGCCACCAGAUGAAGGCGGCUACAGCGACGACCAAAUCUACAACGCUAACAUCACCGGGCUUUAUUGGAAGUUGCUGCCUGGCCAGGCCCCACUGUCGCAGUCUCUCCCAUCGUGGGCGGGAGACGGGGUCACGGUCUUGCUCGCCGCAAAUCUAACUGGCUCCCAUAAGCUGAAGCCGCUGGUGGUGGGAGGCCUGCGGGACCCUCCUUGCCUCCGGUGCCACAAGAGGGAGACGCUCCCGGCUUGCUACCGCUACAGCCCCCGGGCCCGGCUGGACCGCUCCCUGCUGCGGAUUUGGUUCUUCGACGAUUUCGUGCCUAGCGUGAAGCGCUUUUUGCGACACAGCUGCCUCCCGCAGAAAGCUGUCCUUCUGCUCAGCUGCUCCUCUGCGCACCCUGAGGAGUCACCCCAACUUCAAACUUCGGACGGGUCUAUCCGAGCGCUCUUCCUUUCCAAGGCGGCAGGAGGGUCUUUGGGAGGCAGAGGCCGGAUUUUGCCACCGCUGGAACAGGGCGUCGUGUCGGCAUUCAAGCUGCUGUACAAGCGGGAGUUGUUGCGCUUGGCCGUGGCGUGCCUAGCGAGAGGAGCAGCCGUGGGGGAGUCCGAAAAACCUGGUGGAGAGCUGGACUUUGGCCGCUCUUUUCUCCUGGAAGAUAUGCUCUGCCUAGCUGGCCUGUCUUGGGAUCUCAUCCCGGCUGGAUCCAUUGAGAAAUGUUGGCUGCUUGGCCUGCGUGCGGCCUUUGAGCCCCACUCCAGAGGGGAAGAGGAGGAGUCGGGAGAGGCCUCUGCAGGUGUGGACAACCUGGACUUUGCUGACCUCGUACACCUUGCUGCCCUUACCUGCAAGCGCGUGGCUCCAGAGGAAGUGGCCGAUUGGCUCCACUUAGAUGAUGUCAUUCCGGACACAGAGGAAGGGGAAGGCGAGGAGGAAGAAACUGUUGGGACAAGAGAUGGUGGAGGUGGCGGGAGUGAUGGAAUGGGAGAUACUCCGCCACCCACUGCCCGGGAAGCAAUACAAGGCCUGCAGAAGGCCUUGCGCUGGCUGGAGAGCCAGGAUCCCCAGGAAGUUGGGACGCUGAAGGUGGUCCAGCUCCGGUCCUUCAUCAGCAUGGCGCAAAGGCUGCAGAAGGCAGCUGAACCCGACUCAUGGCAAGGCGGCUCAGAGCAAAACAGCUAACCAGAUUAUCGCACUCACCUACAUAUCUGGUGGAAGUGUUUACUCUUUAUGCAGCAAUAGGGGAUGGUGCUGUGUGUCCACUGGGAGGUGCAAAUACGGCACAAUCAGGGCAGAACAGGAGAGUUCCUUCCCCCUCCCUAUGAGCAUUGGGGUGAGGCUGUUAAAGGGGCUUGACUCCCCAAGUUCUGGGGGUUGAAAAAAGUGGCUAUUACAGCAGAGAGGCAGGAGGGGUACCUCUGCUCCCUAAACCGUUUGCUCAGGGUGCAAUUCUUGCCUGUUCCCUGUGGUGGAACCACAUGGACUUCCUUCUUACUUAGAAUUUAUGCAUGGAGGCAGAGGUUUCCUUUCGAACACACUCUACACAGGGUAAAAUUAAAGACUUGUCCUGUCCAGCAGACAGGUUGAAAAAGUGGUCCCAAGGUGGAGACAAUCUCGUUGCAAGUUCAAAGAGCUUUGGGGGGAGGGAUGCUCCCUGAAAAAGGGGUGGGGAGUUUGCAGUGGUUUUCAAGUGUCAAACAAAAGAUUGAGGUGUAAGCUGGCCAUGUAUUCAAGCAUACUUGAAUAGAAAAGGGAAUGCGCAGAAGUACAAGAGAGGGCUCUAGAAUUCAAAUGUUACCUAAAAAGUUAUGUAUGAAAGGAGCAGAGCUGUGCAAUGGGAAGAGCGCCUAGGCAGGAGUAUAGUACUCUGUAAUUUUAUGCCAUCCGCAGCGUCAGAACGGACUAUUUGGUAACUCCCCUCACCCAACCACCUUUUUUUGUAAGCUUAUCACACUUGUUGAAAGGGCUGCUUGCUAUUCCCCUCCAUAUUUCCUCCUGAGUUUCUUGCUGAAUCUCUUUUUAAAAAUAAAACCAUGCUUUUCCAAGAAGCACACUGGAUCAGGACUGGUGAGAUGCCCAGGAAGCUUUGAGUGACGUACAGAGAGAUGAGGUGCUAACCCUCCAUGGGUUCGGAGUUACUUGGAUGCUUUGGAAAUAAGAGACCCACCUUGCCUACCAGCCAAAGAAUUGAUUUAAUAAAGUGAAAUGGUACAGCUACUGGACUCUCAACUUGUGAACAGACUUGAAUUGGACUUCAGAGACUUGAAUUUUCACUGUUUGUGUGUGUUUUUGGAGCUUUUUUGGGGUUAAUGCUGUCCUAUUACAGAACUGAAAAAACCCCAAGAUGAUUCCUGAACAUGCUUAAUGUGUUCCUCAAGAAGCAGACUCUUUUCCAUUUCAGAGUACAGUGGUACCUCGGGUUACAUACGCUUCAGGUUACAGACUCUACUAACCCAGAAAUAGUACCUCGGGUUAAGAACUUUACUUCAGGAUAAGAACAGAAAUCGCGCGGUGGCAGAGGGAGGCCCCAUUAGCUAAAGUGGUGCUUCAGGUUAAGAGCAGACCUCCAGAACGAAUUAAGUUCUUAACCCGAGGUACCACUGUACAGCAGUUAGUGGAAAAUAGAAGCCUUUUAUUCAAUCUACAGUGGAGCCUCUGGUUGCAAACGGGAUCCGUUCCAGAGCCCAGUUCACAACCUGAGCAGAACGCAACCCGUGUCUGUGGGUCACAAUUCACCACUUCUGCGCAUGUGUGUGACAUCAUUUUGAGUGUCUGCGCAUGCGUGAGCGACGAAACCCGGAAGUAACCCUUUCCGGUACUUCUGGGUUGCCGCAGGACACAACCUGAAAACGCUCAACCUGAAGCAAACGCAACACGAGGUAUGACUGUAUUGUUUUCCCAGUUCUGUGAUAAGAGAUCAGCGGUGGGAUCCAGUUGUUUUAAUGUAAUGGAUUUAUGCCUGUCCCUUUGCACCCUGGCUCCAGUAAGACAGUGGCACCCCAGUGGCGCACGCACAAUCUUUGAAUGAAGCACACUUGCCUGGGCCCGAUUGGAACCUACGAAAGGAAAAGUCCCGUCUCCCUUGCACUGUGUGAGCAAUGUACAAUUUUGGUCCCCUGUGCAGCGUUAGACCCGCGUAGGCCAGCUCUAGCUCAGUGGCAGAGCACAUUUAGAAAGUCUCAGUCCCCAUUCCCAGCCAAUCCCAGGAAGAGGUGGGAAAGAACUCUGAAAUGGUGCUGCUUUGGAAGCAUAAAUAUUGAUUCAAUAUACCGUAUUUUUCGCUCCAUAAGAUGCAUCUGACCAUAAGACGCACCUAGUUUUUAGAGGAUCAGCUCACAGUUGUGCAGGUUCUUUUGCAAAGGGGAAAAGCCGCUUUUUUAAAGGAUCAGCUCAAAGUUGUCGAGCUUACUUGCAAAGGGGGAAAAUCCUGUUUUUAUGGGGUUCAACUCACAGUUCUGCAGCUUCUUUAGGAUAGGAAAGGAAAGGGAGCCAUUUCUACAGUUUCCAGACAGAUAAUCUAAUCAACAAGUCACAUGUCGCUGGGGAAACAAACAGCCUCCGUCUGCAGAACAUUCAACAAUGGAGGCCUGGGCAAGGGGGCAGAAGGGGAGCCAGCGAUCAACCACUCAUUCGUUCCAUAAGACGCACAGACAUUUCCCCAUACUUUUUAGGAGGAAAAAAGUGUGUCUUAUGGAGCGAAAAAUACCGUAAUGCAGCUUCUAUGCUCCUAAGCUUCAGUGCAC